AAUUUGUUAAAGGGAGGUAACUCUGCUGAACAAAGCUUCCCUGACAACACGGAAGAAAAGAAUUUAUCGCCUGACAUUCAAUAUACAUAUCAUUAGAAUUCAAAAUUAUUGUAGAAUAAUGACGGAAAAACCAUUGCACAGUAAUGUUAAGAACCCCGUGAUGUUGUUUGUUGGUGAUCCAAAGUCUGAAUUUCACUCGGGUUGUAAAGUAUUCGAUGUGACUUUCCCAAAUGUAAUUCAUCCUGAGGAUGAGGAAGUGGAGGAAGGGGUGAAGGUGGGUGAGAUCCGCUUCAAGAAUCACUAUGUCGGCAUUCUCACCGUCAGAGCCAAGUUCCGCUCAGCAGAAAACAAUGGAGAACCAGGGGAACUUAAAUGGCGGACAUGUUUGCGGCGCAUGAAGUUGAUGCCGAGCCCACAUACAGAGUCCGGCUCUCAGGACUAUUUCAGCCUGACCCGUAAACACCUUCUGUUUGACCUGGUGAACCUGACGGCGCUACGCUUCGUCUUGCAGCAGCCGUCACCGGUGUGGCGUGACUUCAAGCUGGAGGAGUUGAAGGUGUUCCGCACAUCAAUGAUGCCCCGAAGCGCUCCCCUGCCUGCCUGGCUCACAGAGGAACCCACAGAGCCCAGCGACAGAAAGAUUCCGCCCACACGACGACCUCUGACCCCUGCAGCGUCAGGGAAGAGGGGUGAUUGGGGCGUGCCGAAUCUGGAAUCUCUCUCUGCGAACCUUCAAGAGUUGUGGGCCUUGGCUGAGGUGGUUUCAGCCAAUCAGACAACAGUAAACUUGGGAAGAUAUGAGGUGGAUGGGUGUUAUGACAUCAAUCUGUUGUCAUACACAUGACCUGUGCAAGCACUGUGUGAUUCCUGACACCGCUAACUGACGGACCAGCUUAUUUCAGCGCCAAUGCAGUGUUGGACAAAUGAUGUCAACAUUGUUGAAAUGACAGAUUGUACUGUGGAGCAGACACCAUGGAUACUGGAUUUCCUGUCUAUUCAGUGAUCAUGUGACUAAGGACGCACAAAUGGACAACAUGGCCACUGUUUAACUAAUCGUCAAGUGAUCCAGAUACCUAUAUGUGACACAGUUCUGUGUAGUGUGGUGACAUCUCAAUAAGUGAGGUGAGGUGAAAUGGGGUUUAACGUCACGUCCAAGAUUAUUGCACUUAUAUAGCGACAUACAUGCAUGUGUGUACGUGUGGCUGCUUGUACUGGUCUGGACUGAUGCUAAUUUAUAA